AUGCAGCUAUUUGCUUUUGAUACAGCCAAAAAAUUCCUGACUCCAAAGGCUGAUGAGUCCUCUAAGACCCCCUUCCCUCCAUCACUUGUCGCGGGGGCACUUGCAGGUGUCAGCUCAACACUCUGCACAUAUCCUCUGGAACUGAUCAAGACCCGUCUGACUAUAGAGAAAGACGUAUAUGACAACUUUCUCCAUUGCCUCGUCAAGAUUGUACGAGAGGAAGGCCCCUCGGAGCUUUACCGUGGUCUGACACCGAGUCUGAUAGGAGUGGUGCCAUAUGCCGCGACCAACUACUACGCCUACGACACCCUGAGGAAGCUCUACAGGAAGACAUUCAAGCAGGAGGAGAUCAGCAACAUUGCAACCCUCCUGAUCGGUUCGGCCGCGGGCGCCAUCUCGAGCACCGCCACCUUCCCUCUCGAAGUAGCUCGCAAGCAGAUGCAGGCAGGGGCGGUGGGCGGAAGGCAGGUCUACAAGAACGUGUUCCAUGCGCUCUACUGCAUAAUGGAGAAGGAAGGGAUCGGUGGUCUGUACAAGGGGCUUGGGCCCAGCUGCAUCAAGCUCAUGCCCGCGGCGGGGAUCUCGUUCAUGUGCUACGAGGCCUGCAAGAAGAUUCUGGUCGAAGCCGAGGAGUAG